AGUAAUUUCUUAUGUUAUCCUCAGAAAUGUUGACAAAUAAGUAUAUUUUAAAAUUUUUUAAAGGAAGAAACCAUAGAUAGAUAUUAACAUCUUAUUUUAAGAUACAUUAAAUUUUAUAAAUACUUUGUUUUAGUUGUUAGCAGUAACAGAAGAGAGAGGGAUAAUUUGUUUUCCCUAAAAUAUUCCAUUUAAAAAGGAGGAGCAACACAGGAGAAGUGAAACAGUGGUUCAGUUGAAUUGUCUGUGAUGGUCGGAGGAGCCUAGUGUCCCCACACAGACUAGCCAUUUUUGUUGUGUUGGUUUAAUUGAAAGGGUGUCCCUUAGCUAAAGCCCUUUCGCCAGCAAGUACGGUUUAGUUAUGAGAGGUCUCUAGUCCUGACCCCAGAAAGGUCUUGCAAGAUUUGAGGGAUAGGAGUUAAACAAAAUUGAGGGUGUAUAUUUAGAUUACUUUCUAAGUUUAGCAACUAGGGAAGUUACAGAAGGUAGUUUUAAGGAUUCCAUACCUCUUGAAUUGCUUAUAACUCUUAAAUGGGAACAGAGUCCAUCUCUGAAAGGUUAUAUCAGGCCAGAAAUGGCAAUCUGCCCUCAAAAACAACCAGUAGGAUUCAGAAUAUAGAUAAGAAUUUUACAGCAUCAUUUGUUGUCCAUUAUAGUUAGGGAAUGUUAGGGCAAGUUAAAGCUUUCAGGUAAUUUUAGCUGUUUUGGAUGAUAAUCUUUCUGAACCUAUGAUGUACUUUCUCAGUUAACAGAGUACAUUAACCAUAAUUAAAUAUUUUUGCUGAUCAUUUAUAUUGUACGGUGGUUGUAUCUUAUAGGAUGUAAAGUUAAAGGGACAUGCAUCCUAGGAGAUAAUCAGGAAAAUACAGUUCAGAAAAUCCGUUACUUGUUCCUGGUACUAGUGAUACGUAAGUGUUGAACCUAUAGGACAGUAUGACCAUGCUGCUUUUUUCUUCAAAAUAAAUAGUGAAUCAAAGAUUGUAGUGUUCUUUUCAGUGGAUUUUCUUCAUAAAAUCACCUUGACUGUAAUCUGUGUUCCUUGAGUUGUCAUCAACAUCGAGAGCAUUUUCUCCUCAUUUUCUCUCAUUAACAUAAUGGAUCAUUUAUUUCUUGGUCAGUUGUAAAUCAUUCUUCUGUUCCACUUGGAUUGUUCAUUUUAAGUGAAGGAGGCGUAGCCUUUAAUGUGUAAGCACACAGUUUUUGAAAUGAUAAUGGGAUAUAUCUAGUUUUAGACCUUGUGAAUUCUUUUGACAUUUUAAGAAAUUUUAACAUUAAACGGUUUUAGUAAAUAUAGGAUUUUAUCAGAGGUCCAGGCAUAUCAAAACACCGAAAACUGUUAACAUCCACACAGUGAAUUCAUUUAAAAAAAACUAGUUUUGAACUCUGACUGAUAUUUCUGACUACAGUACAAUUCAGAAAACAAUAAUAGUAUCACCUCCUACAUCUCUGCAUCGUUCUUGGAUUUUCUACAUUUUAGCUCUCCUGAAGGAAACCUGUGCUUUUGAGACAUUCUUGCUUCGGGUAAAAAUAAAUAAAUAAAACCAAAGAAAUCAUUUUGUCUAUCAGUGCAUAAGCUUUAUAAGCAGCAAGUAAACACUUUGAUUUGGUUUGAUUAAGGUGUCAUAUAGGGAUAAAUGUUAGUGAGCUACAUCUUUAAGAUGGAUAGCAGGAAGUUAAGGGCAAGUAAGGUGUCAUGGAUGUGGGUGAGGGUUAGUGAGUCAGUGUUCAGUACCAGGUGGCUCAUAUAAACAUUAAACCUUGGAGUUGCUAGGGAUUCAGGCAAAUUCGGGGUUGCAAGGAUAGGCAGAGGGCUUAAAACUGGGCAAGACUAGAUAAAUGAGACAGGUACUCCUCAAGAAUGGAAUUCCAGAAAGGUGCUUGAAAUGGACUGAAUCCUAAAAGCUCAGGGCUAUUAGUAUUGAGGACACAUACAUGACUGUACUACCCAACUUAAUAAUCAGUGUAUGGAAAAAUUGUAGGUAAGAAGAUGAAGAAAGUUGGAACAUUUUGCUGGAGAAAGAGGGAGGGAGUGGGCGGAAGGCUAAGUUUAUGACAGGAAUCUUAUGGAUUCAGCACCUGCAAAAGUCAUUCUAUUCCUUUCCAGUUUAAGUUCUCAUACACUAGCAGCUGCUAGGAUAGAAAUUAGAAGGCAAGGCCUUUUGAUCAUUUAAUCAGUUAUGUAAGAUUAUUGAGGAUGUAGAGAAAAGUAGUUUGUAAAAACUCUGAAUUUAGGUACAGUUUUGUGUUUUAACUAAGUAGCUUAAGACUUGAAAAGUCAAAGCCAUUAGAAAAUAACAUGUAACUCAGCUGAAUAAAUGUUAUAUUUUGCUAUUUAACAUGGGCUAGAGAAAGGAGUCUUUAAAACUUUUUUCUUAAAAAAGCACUCCCUAGAUACUGAUCCUUAUGUUCUAAUUUAGUUGUGAACCAUGUGCAAUGAUGUUUGACCUCUGUGAUUCUACAUGAAAAGAAUUUAACCAGCUGCCCUUGCUGAAUCUUUUGUCAUGUCUCCUGAAUGCAUGGUAAAUUGUUUUGUUUUUAUUUUCUUGAGACCUCAGUUUUCUGCAGACAUCAGUUUUUUCUUUCAGAGUUAAACUUUACAAAACUUUUCCUUUCAAUAAAAUUGGUUAGAUAUUUAUGGAUAGUGUCUAUAGUGUAUGUACCUUGCUGUUUGGUGGCUUCUAUAUUCUGUCCUACUGCUAUGUUAUACAUUAUACUCUUCUCUGUCUCUUGAGGGUGUGUUUUAGAUCAGGGUUGGCACUAUGGCCCCCUCGCUUUUUGUAAGUUUUGUUGGAACAUAGUUGUGCCCAUUUGUGUAUAUAUGGUCUAUGGCUACUUUGCUUUGCAGCCGAGAUAUAUAGCUGGUAAGUUUAAAGUAUUUGCCAUCUGGCCCUUUAAGAAAAAGCAUGCUGACCAUUGUUCUAGAUCAGUGUUUCUCAAAAGUGUGGUGCCUGAUCAACUUUAGCAUCACCUGGGAACUUGUUAGACAUACAGAUUCUGGGACCUACCACUCCAGGCCUACCAAAUUAGACGUUCUGGGGUUGGGUGCAAGCAAUUUGUGUUUUAAGACGCCUUCCACAUGACUCUGAUGCACAUUAAAAGUUUGAGAAACCCUAUUCUAGAUAAAUGUUUCCCAAAUGUUAGUCACACAUAUCACUUUACUAUUUUUUACCCUGUUUUAACAUUUUUAAUUGUCAACUCACUUUCUGAAAAUUUAAGCUAACUUUAAAGUGAAAGCUUAUGUCACCAGAAAAAUAAAUACAGUGAAAACAACAUGGUGUUAUAAGAGAAAACUAGAUUCUGCCGUCAUUUACCUGUGCUAAAAAUUAGAGCUCAUUAGACGUAUUAAUUAAACACAUACUAGGCAGUAAAUGGGAACUUUUUCUUGACUUAAUCAUGAUAUUUAAUCACCACUAAGUGAUUGAGUGGUGUUCAAAAUGUCAUGCUGGUGAAAUUAUGUAACACCUAAAAUCACUUUUUGUACAAAUUCCAUACUUUAGGAAAUGCAGUUCUAGUUCCUUACAUGGAAGGAAAGCUGUUUGAACUCUACAUAUCUAAGCCCCUAAGUAGAAAUGACUUUUCCUUGGAAAUAGAAAUACACACGCAUAAGAUGGAAUGAUACAGAAGUCCCUAGAGAGGUCCAUUCGGACUUCUAGGAUGAAAUUGCCUAUUUAGCUUGGUCUUAGCUCUCCAUUAAUGUUCCGGUCUGUGGUGGUCAGUAUUUCUGCAGGAUUUCACCAACUUGUUCCACAGUGGGAUUGUGAAAAGGUGCUGGUUUUUUGUCAAAGAAAACUCAUGGACUACAAACAGGAGAAGUGCUGUGAUUCUGCAUUAUGGGCAGGCUAAGGAAAACAGUUGAUUCACCUCAGAUUUUAGAAACCAUGUAUUUUGAGAAAUUAUGGUAUGAGAAUAAAUGAUUUAAUUUGCCUCAUAGUAUUACAGGGAAUACUUCCCCAGACAUGGUAUUCUGAUACUGGCUGAAAUGUUUAGGAUGUAGUAAUUGUUGGUGCGACUAGAACCUGAAUAUCUCUAGGUUGCUGGCUUGCUUCAGAUUUUUCUUGCUUUAUUUUUCUUAUAGAUUAUGGACAUAUUUGCUGCUUUUGUCAUUUGACUCUGCAAUAAAGUAGUAACAUAAGACUCUGACCCUAGAUGGACUGAAAGUCUAGUAGGGAGUGAAGAUGUAUAGUAAGUGAUAAAUUCUGUAUGCUGAUUGCAUAUAUAGAUACCUAAUUUUGAAAAAAUGUUAAAAAAUAUAAAAGACCGCCAAACACCUCUAAGACUGAACAAAUGUUUUGUAAGUUUCCCUUAAGUUAAAAAAAAAUUUAAAGUGUUACAAAUUAAGUCUCUUAGGUUCUCCUUCACAGUUUUAGUCCUUUCCCCCAAAGGCAUUUUUUGUUAAUAUGUCAGUGGAUUUUCCUCUGUGUUGUUUCAGUACUUAUAAGGCUCAGUCUCCUUCUUCAUGCUAAUCUGUUUAUUCAUUUUAAAUUCCUUUAUCAUUGAGUUGUCUGUCACCUCUAUCCUUUGAUAUUCUCAUUUCUUUCCAUUUUUGUUUCUUUACUUUGUUUUAGAUUUGGGGAGGCUCUGCUUAGCUUUUAUAGCAAUCACCAACCAUUGAAAACUUGCCUCAUUAAUAGACAGAUCUGCCAAAUACUUUUUGUUCUGCUCUUUUCAGCUAUUUUUUCAUAGCCAGAGAUAGCUUUUGUUACUUCUAAUUUUGUGUAUAAAACAUUGUGGAUGAUAGAAGGCACCAGAUAUCCAGAGUAUGAGUAUUAUUGUAUCAGAAUUGCAGCUCUGUAAGUAAGCAUCAAAAUAUAAAAUUUAGCAGGCUACAACUUUUUAAUAAUUGACUUCGUUUAAUGGCAUAUACCAUAAAACAAAGUAUAUGUAAUCCACUUUUAGGACUACAUUUAUGGAUAACUAUUUAUUCAAGACACACUUCUAAUGUGUGCCUUAAAUCUAAGAGGAGCGACAUGUUGAUUUCCUAAAGCAUAUAUCCCCUGGCGGAAAUGUGAUGGCACUGACCCCUGCCAGUGGCCAAGACUCUGCUUUAUAAUGAGAGAAAAUAGGGUUGUGGCAAGGGGUGGAAUAGAAUUCUUGGAAUGCAGCUACUUUAGUAUUUAUUUUUGAACGUUUCUUUUACCAUUCUGUUAGCUCUUAAAGACUCUGAGUAAGCUUUUUCUCCUACUACAAGGCUGUUUCUCUGUUUCAUUCCUUAUAAUUUUUUUGAUAUGGAUUUUCACAGACAAACAGACUGGAAAAUUUGAAAAAUUAUUUUAGCAUUAUUUAUCUUUGAUAUUCAGCAAGAACGAACUUGUCUUGAAAAUUUCUUCUGCAGCAGGCAUUGCAUUUUAAAAAUGGGCUUGUCAUGGGGAAUAUGAUGGUGGGGGUGAUACAAGUACCGAUUUGUGAUGAUAAACCUAUAGGACCAUAUGAAAGAAUUAAGAGGGCUAGCCUUGUAAUACCCUAAUUUUUUUGGAUUUUUCUAGGGGAAAGGAAAGCCUCUACUAGUACUCAGGAUAAUUUCCUAAGUUCUGUUAGAAAGAAAUGACUUGAUAUUUCAUUUGGAAGGGAAAAUGCCCUCAUUAGUUUUUCCUGCUGCCAUCUUUGACUUGAGUAUUUUUUCUUUCCUUAUAUAAUAAAUAUGUUCCUGGAAAGUUGCAUAUGUACCAGAUCGUAUUAAAUAUUUUCAAAGCAUCAGUAAUCAUUAUUUUAAGACAUGGUAGUGAAUGCUUUCAUAAAAUGAACUUAUACUUUGUACUGUAUAAAUAUAUGAUGAAUUAAACUGAGUGUAUUUAUUAACAAGGUAAAUGGAGUAAUGAGUUUUUUCUUUGAAGAUUAUUUAAAAGGAUCCUUAUAGGUGAGCUUUAGGCUAAAUUUAGGCUGUAGAUGAGCUUCAGGCUAAAGGAAUAGCAAAGGUAGGUUGGAGAAGUUAGGGGUUGGUGAGACUGUUGCAGAAAGCUGUAAAAAGGAUCAAAUUUGUUCUUUACUAUAAUAGUUACUGUGCAGCAGUAGCUAUUAUCUUGGUUCCACAAGAAGACCUAAGAGUUUCACGAAAAGAUACGAAGAUGAGUGUUUACCAGUACAGGACAGGUCUUUUCCCGCUCUGUACUAGAUUAGAAAUUGGUGUUUAUAUAGUUUCCACAUUCUAUGGACUCAUAGCUUAUGUUGUAAGAAAUGGUAAUAAGGUGAGACAUUUGAAGAUACGAGGGCACAGGGAAAUAAGAAACUUUAAGCUUAAAGAAACUUAAAGACUAUUCACUGUUCUUUCUAGCUCUGGCUUUUAUUUGACUGAAAGAGUAGGAAAUUAUUUCAGAGGGAGUAAGCCUACCCUGCUCCAGCCAACAGUGACACACGGCCCCAACAAGUAUACCUGUGGGGAGGGGAGGGAUUUGAUUGUCACAUCAGAGAACGUGGGAGAGCUUUUCCCCUCUUGGCCCCGUUUAUAAACUAAGAUGCUUCUGUUUGCUUUGUGUGCUGUUGAGUUUUUCCCUCUCUGUUUUCUCUAAGCUAAGCUUUAAGCUAAUUCUGUACAAAAGAAAUACUAAUUAGUUGUUUUUAUAAAUUGCUUGCCAUUAAUGCCUGAUAAAAUGCAGUAAAAUAAGGAUUCUGCAUACCAUUAUAUAUGUCAAAUAUUACAAACUUUAAGGUUCUUUUAAAAUUACAAUACUAAACUCAGUUCACUUUUGCUUAGCCUUCACAGUUGUUGAUCACAUAGCAUGGUCAUCCACUCACAGCUUAAAAAAAUACAGGGAGCAUCGGAGAGAAUGGGAGAUACUACUCGUCAGCGAAUCAAAUUCAGUGAUGACAGAGUGUGCAAGAGUCACCUUCUCAACUGUUGCCCCCAUGAUGUCCUGUCUGGAACUAGAAUGGAUCUUGGAGAAUGUCUGAAAGUCCAUGACCUGGCUUUAAGAGCAGAUUAUGAAAUCGCAUCCAAAGAACAAGAUUUUUUCUUUGAACUUGAUGCUAUGGAUCAUCUGCAGUCAUUCAUUGCAGAUUGUGAUCGAAGAACAGAAGUGGCUAAGAAAAGAUUAGCAGAAACUCAAGAAGAAAUUAGUGCUGAAGUUGCAGCGAAGGCAGAACGUGUUCAUGAGUUAAAUGAAGAAAUUGGUAAAUUGUUGGCCAAGGUGGAGCAGCUAGGAGCUGAAGGAAAUGUGGAGGAAUCCCAGAAAGUAAUGGAUGAGGUGGAAAAAGCACGGGCAAAAAAAAGAGAAGCAGAGGAAGUUUAUCGGAAUUCUAUGCCGGCUUCCAGUUUCCAGCAGCAGAAACUUCGAGUCUGUGAAGUUUGCUCUGCCUAUUUAGGUCUUCAUGAUAAUGACAGACGACUGGCUGAUCAUUUUGGGGGUAAACUGCACCUGGGAUUUAUUGAAAUAAGAGAGAAGCUUGAAGAAUUAAAGAGAGUUGUAGCUGAGAAGCAGGAGAAAAGAAACCAAGAACGCCUGAAAAGAAGAGAAGAAAGGGAGAGAGAAGAAAGGGAGAAGCUGAGGAGGUCUCGCUCACAUAGCAAGAAUCCUAAAAGAUCCAGGUCCAGGGAGCAUCGCAGACAUCGGUCUCGCUCCAUGUCACGAGAACGGAAAAGGAGAACUCGAUCCAAAUCCCGGGAGAAACGCCAUCGCCACAGGUCCCGCUCCAGCAGCCGUAGUCGGAGCCGCAGCCACCAGAGAAGUGGGCACAGUUCUAGAGACAGGAGCAGAGAGCGAUCGAGGAGGAGAUCCUCAAAAGAAAGAUUCAGAGACCAAGACUUAGCAUCACGUGACAGAGACAGGAAUUCAAGAGACAGAUCACCUCGUGACAGAGAUCGAAAAGAUAAGAAGCGGUCCUAUGAGAGCGCUAAUGGCAGAUCAGAAGACAGGAGGAGCUCUGAAGAGCGCGAAGCAGGGGAGAUAUAAUUAGAUGUGUACAUAUCCUCAAUCCUUAAGCUUCUUCUGGAGUUACAUACUAUUGUUUAGUUUACAGCUGUUCGGGGUGGCACAGUGAGCAGUUCCAGACACCGAUCCAGCUAGGCUAGGUGUACAGCAUCUAACUCAGUCUGUACUUGUUUUCUUUGAUGAAGCCUAAAACUACAUCCAUAGUUUCUGGUGAACCUGUAAUACACUUCUGAAAGUCCAGUUUUAUAUAAUAAGACACAGAUGUCUUUAUUCUUUCUAGUAGGACUGAUAGUGGGUGAAUUGUGUUACAUGCCUUGGGAUUUUUUGAACAUUUGUAAAAUGCUGUCUUCCUCUGUAGUCCCAAACAACAGCGACUUUGGGUAUUUCUUUUUAAUCCUUCUUCCUUUGACUCUAUAUCCCCUGACACUUCUACCCUCUAGUGGUAAGAGAAAGGGGUACAAGGAAGCAAUAUAACUUCUGUUCUAAGGUUCUAUUCCCAUUAUUAAUUACUAGCUGAUUACAGUUCAAAACAUUUAUACUGGAAUGUGUGCUGGAGAAAUUCAAAAUAUGAGGCGUUUUGUUUGUCUAACGGUGCCUAUUUUAGAGUUGGAAGUUGAACAGCUGUUGCAUUACAUACUUUGCUUUUUUAUUGAAAUUUUGAAAUCAAACAUGUCUUGAUUUUUCUGUUCUUCUUGAAUAGCUACAUUCAGGAUGUUUUGAGAUGGGGGUGGGGGCAGGGACUUUCAUAAGCACUUGUUUUAUUUUGUGUGUGUGGAGUACAAAGAUGACACCCUUAUUGUAAAAAAUAAUAAAGUGAAAGAAUCACCACCACCAUCAUUAAACUGUAACUUGUCUAGUAAACUGUCACUAGAGCUGUUUGCGGUGGCCAUUUCUAUUCUGUUAUUCUAGUGCCUUACUGUGCAAGGCACCAAAGGAAAGAAAUGUAUACUUACAGAGAUUCAAGCUGAAUUGUUGCUCCACCUGGGCCCUUGCUGAUUAUAUUCCAGCUGCUUCAGGACUGUAACAACCACUGUAGAGAAGGACCAGACCUGCAGAAGAAAUUGGGUUUGUUUUGUUUUUCUUCACAUUAAACAAACCAAAAUAAAAACAUGGUGUAACCAGUGUAAA